ACAGUAGAAAUGGAAGAUAGCGAGGUCCAGUAUGCUUCUGUGGUUUUCAAAAGCAAGAGACCCCCACGAGCUAAAAAAGAGGAAGAGAUUGUAUACGAUGAAGUGAAGAAACACAACCAAACGUCUCAGCAAACAUUUGACACAAAUGGACCUUUGUCAGAAAGAAGCUACAGGUAUCAAAAGUUGGCUUGUUGCUUUGGGAAUCUGUGUGUGAUUUUGGUGAUGAUUAUCGUUGGAGUCAGCGUUUACUUUGUACUUCUGCACAGGAGUGAUGAACAGCAGCUGACACAGUUGAGAAGAAACAAAACAUUCCUGCUGGAGGAAAAUAUCAACCUGACAAGCCUUAGCAACAAACUCAGCUCAAGUUUCACCAUCCAGGUUCACAAUUUGACACAACAAAAACGAAACCUGACAGAAGAACUUCGUCGAGUUAAAGAGAAAAACCAGGAGCUGCAGACAGAUAAGGAAACUCUCACAAGACAAAUAGAAACCAUGAAGAAAACUUGGAAUGAGCAGAAACUCAGGAUCAUCAAUGAAUACUGUCACAGAAGAAACAACGAAAGGAGUGGUUCUUGUGAGAGUGGCUGGAUUUACUGUCAGUACAGCUGCUAUGCAGUUAAUGAUGCUGAACCUCCAACACAUAGAACCUGGAACGAAGCACGAGACGACUGCAAAAGAAAAACUUCAGAUCUGACUGUUGUUGGUAAUGAAGAAGAAAAGUUGUUUCUUGAUGACACCAGUUGGGAUAAACAAGGAAUUAAAGGAUACUGGAUUGGUCUCUGGGCUGUAGGAGGGAAAUGGAAAUGGAUCAAUGGAAGUGAUCUGACCAAUCAGGCCUGGAUACAACAGCAGCCUGCAACUGAUGGUCAGUGUGUAACUUCUCUCCAGAACCGAGAAUGGACAUCAGUGAGCUGUACUAAGAAGAACGCAUGGAUCUGUGAGAAGAAGAGUUAAUCUGUUCAGACAUGAAAUAUUCAACUUCUAUAGGUUAUUUAGAAAAAUUAAAACAAAAUAUCUAUUUUAUAGUUCUAAUGUAAAAUUUUUUCACCAGAUCUAAGCAGUUAUAGUUUAUUAUUCAAUAAAUUUAACAUAGCAGUGUUAUUUUAAUUACUGUGCUUGUUAUAAUCUAAGCGGUAAAAUUGCUUAGUGAGUGCAUUCCACCUUUAUUGAACUCAACAUAAUUUUACUCUGAGGAAGUGAACAGUAUUUAGAAAAGUAAAUUUCUUUCGGUGACAUACAAUAAUUCAUUUCACACAUUUGAAAUGGUUUUCUGCAGUUUGUUUCAGGGCCAAAAUGAAUAAAACUCAUUGAAAAGAGGUUGAGGACUGAUGUUUCUGUUUUCUUGAGCUUUUCUUUUGUUGUUGUUGAUGAUUUUAAGUCAGCAGAGGGUGCUGCAUUACUACUAAAAAUGACUGCUUUGAUGAAAUAAUAGACAUAUUUUUAAAUGUUGCGGUGAUGUGUCAUAUUACAAGUUUCGAUGCAUGUGCUUCUUUUAACAUUGUUAUUGUGAAUAAAACUAAUGUUUGUAA